UGCACAGAAAUGUGAACUAAUCACAGCAGUCUUUUGAAGAAAGAAAAGGAGUUUAGCCUCAACUGCCUGUCGCUAUUAUCUUUAGGACCCGGCGGAGCGUUCGCGUGAAACUGGACAUUGUGGCUCCAUUUCAGAGAGAUGCUUAUCUCUCUCCUCUCUCCUCUGUUCGCAAGUCGCCUGGGCUGAGAAAUUUGGCAACCUGUCCCCCAAGAGUCGCUCUGCUUCGGGAUGUACUUCCAUCAAUCUGGGGACAACGAAGUGACUUCUCUCAGCUGAUGUGGCUGCUAGAGGGAGCGUGGGGUCUUCUUUUUUUUUUUUUUUUUUUUUGUGCGCCAUUCCGAUGAACACAGCGCCAAUAAGCAGCAACGCUGCGUAAAGUCUUGAAUGGACCACAGUCGAUUUUCGGAAAAGUCCUGAGUGAGCGAGAGAAAAGAUAUGACAAUCGGAUGAAAAUACGCUUAGUUAGUGACACCGAAAAGUUGAAGGAAAGUUGGAGCAAACAGAAACGUCGCGGGUGUCCGGGUGAAUUCACGCGUCAUGCGUCAGCGUUACUUCUUUUCUUUUGCCACGAGAUCAUUUUGCCACUGUUAGAGCAAAAAAAGACACUAUAGAAAAGGCUUUCAGCUCCGAGUGAGAAUCCAUUAAGCAAAUGCUGUAAAUAACUUGUUGAACAAUCAGCUCGUCCCGGGAGCGCAAUUAAAUGAUGCUGCCAGUGGCAAACCCCACAAUUGACGGACGAUCAAGAUCAGAAUCUGCUGACAUAUGAGAAGUGUUGCUCCUCUCUAAACAUCACAUCUGACCGAUUGUUGACCUUUUCAUCAGUGAUCAGCACUGUUGAGAAAGCUCACUUGUUGGCACAUCUCAUCAGCCAGUCAGAUGUGCUGCCAAUCAAAGCCAGAAUAACGACGUGGACGUUAAUAGUUGCCCGAAUCUGCUCACACACACACACACGAGUUCAAGAUGCUUCCACUGUUCCGAAAUGCUUCAUCGCACCAUUCAGACCCUCAAGUGAUUUAGAGCCUUCCCUGUGGUACAGCAAAGAGGCAGUUGCAGCUUUAAAGACAAAGAAAACUUAGAAGAGGAAUUCUAAAAAAGCCACAAAGAAAAAGAUCAGCAAUGUUUUGGCCUAUAUUACUCACCCUGCAGGCUGUGUGCACCAGUGUGACACAUGCUAUGCAACAUUACCCUGCAGUCUGGGGACACUAUGACGUGUGCAAGUCCCAGAUCUAUACAGAGGAGGGCCUGGCAUGGGACUACAUGGCCUGUCAACCAGAAGCCACCGACAUGACAAAGUACCUGCGAGUGGCCCUCGACCCCCCAAACAUCACGUGUGGAGAUCCGCCUGAGACGUACUGCGCUUUGGAGAAUCCUUACAUGUGCAACAACGAAUGCGAUGCUGCUACUGAGGAGCUGGCUCAUCCUCCUGAGUUAAUGUUUGACUUCGAAGGUCGAAAUCCCACAACGUUCUGGCAAUCGACAUCAUGGAAGAAAUACCCAAAGCCUCUGCAAGUCAACAUUACGCUGUCCUGGAACAAGACAAUCGAGCUAACUGAUGACAUUGUUAUCACCUUUGAGUCAGGCCGGCCGGAGCAGAUGGUCCUGGAGAAGUCGCUCGACUACGGUCGCACCUGGACCCCUUACCAGUUCUACGCCACUGAUUGCCUGGAUGCUUUCACCAUGGAGCCCAAGACAGUGAACGACCUGUCCCAGCGCACCCUGCUGGACAUAAUUUGUACUGAGGAGUACUCUCGAGGCUACGUGUGGAAGAACGACAAGACCGUACGUUUUGAGAUAAAGGACCGCUUCGCUCUAUUUGCUGGACCUCGGCUACACAACAUGGCUUCACUAUACGGCCAGCUGGAUACCACUAAGAACCUGAGAGAUUUCUUCACAAUCACAGAUCUGAGGAUUAGACUACUAAAGCCAGCUACUGGAGCCACCAUGGUGGAUGAGAACAAUUUAUCCAGAUACUUCUACGCAAUAUCUGACAUCAAGGUACAGGGCAGGUGCAAGUGCAACCUGCAUGCCAACAGCUGCGUGUUUGACAAGGGGAAGCUGGGCUGUGAGUGUGAACACAACACAACAGGGCCCGACUGCAGCCGCUGCAAGAGGCACUACCAUGGCAGGGCCUGGAGCGUGGGCUCCUACCUCCCCAUACCCAAAGGAACUGCAAAUAUAUGCAUUCCCAGCAAUCAUGGACCAGUGCAUCGAGCAAAUGCUUCAUCUCUCGGUGUUGCAAAUCGUAACCAAGAACCAGCCAAAUGGCUGACAUGGACUUGUACGACACAAGCUACUUUUAGGCAGCUUUGAGGGACACCACUGUCCUGAGGCACAGCCACAGGACACACAGAGCAUCACUCACCCAUAGGCUGAAUUAUAUUAUUUAAACAACAUGUUUUAUCAUCUUAUUUAGCAUUUACAGUUUGGUAUUAAAUAGUUUAAAUCUGUCCAAAGUGUCUGUCUCGGUGUCUGGUUUAGUCUGUCUUGGCAACCACAUUGUUUUGCACCACUGUUUAUGGAUUAUGCUGAAAAGAAUCUGUCACUUUUGUGCAUUUUAAGUAAGACAGACUGGAAAUAGUGCAAUAUUUGCCUAUGCAGUUCCUUUAUAAAUAAAAUUUCAAUACACAUAAAAACAGAAAAAUCAUCCAUCAUCGCACAUAACAAAAUGUCAUACUGAAGAUAGAAACCUGGAUCCACAGGUGGAAUUUCCAUUCAUGCAAACAACACAAGCAAUGUCUUAGUAAAUGAUUUUGAGUUAGAUGCAACCCCAAUGCCUUUUUAAUCAGUUUUGGCAUGAAAAAUGAUUGUUUGUUCUUUUUUUUUUUUUGAUGCAUGAGCUGCACUACUGAAAACCAAAAAUGUGAUUACUAUUUAUGCAGGAGGAGAUAUCCAAUUACACUGAAAUCUUUGUGCAAACAUUACCUCUUCCCGGAUUUCACCUCUGCCAGUGGAAAGGCUUCCUGAGAUAAUUGAGUUGUGAGGUUUUAUCUAAAAAAAGAAAAACGUGAGCAUCAUCUUACGUAAUCCCCUUCGCUCUAUAUUCAAAUAAAUAAAGAUUUGAUGGGCACUAAGGCAAUCCAUUACUGGGAAUGGAACCUUUUUUUUAACAAUGUGGUAUUUUCUGUUGAAACCUUGACUACAAAUAUGAAAAUAACACCAGCUGGAAAGGCUGUAGUAUUCUGUUAGUGGUUAUCCCAUACAUACAGAAAACCGUCUUUAUAAUGUUCUCCCAACAGUAGAAAAAAAAUCAAUUCACUUUGUAGACGUCAUUUCACGUAACUCAAAAGCAGAAGUGAUUUUUAACUAUUCAAAGCCAACACAAAGCCACAGCCAGGCUGUUGAUUUGGAAUGAUGCAUUCAAGAUUGCUAGGAGAAACUCAGCAUUUAACAAAAAAUGUAUAGACCAGGAAGUGCUGUGACUGAUGCUUAAAUUCAGUAUUCACAAUAUUGUUGUUUUAGACAUUGUAAAGUAUAGUAGAUACAUGAACCUGCCCUACUUCCUUUGAUUCACUGGUCCUUACCUCCAUAUUAUGGAGUGCUACACAUACAGAUAUAGUCCACUGUAGAAAGCCUUUCACGGCUUUCUAGAGUUUUCUUGAAACUUCAUAUCUGCUUGCCUAGAAAUUUUCCCCAAACUCACCAGCUGAUUUCUUGUGGGUCCUUUACAAGAACCAUCAGGUACUUUCCACGAAUGUUCCAGGCACAGACUGGAGCUCAUCAACUACUGUAUUUGAACUCUUCUGAAGUUAGCCAGGUGCAGCCCUGGAUCUUUCCUGGAACAUUUUUGAAAUAUAUCAGGUACUACUCGUGAACUUUACAGGAACCUACUAAGUCUUUUGCUGGAACUUUCUUAUAGACUUAUAGGAGGCUUCCUUGGAAAUUGCACAGUAUUUCCAGGUUACUUCCUGAAAGGUGUGCAGUGAGUUCCAGGAAAGUACCUGGUAAGUUCCUGGCAUCAUGCGGUGAUUUUUGAAAACUACGCUGUGGGUUUCACAAAAAGGUCUACCAAAGUAUCUGCAAAGUUCCAGAAAAGUUCUUGGAAAGUACCUGUUAAUGUCUAGGAAAGUAUUUGCUGUACUAUGCAGUGAUGCUUUCUUUGAAAGAUGUUUACCGCUAACAUUCUUCUACGAACAACAGCUGUUUAGUGCAAAUAUUUUCCCAUACGGCUGAUAGUUCUGUCUUUUUCAAGACUGUUUGCUGUCCUUGAUUUGGCCCUUCCUGACUUGCCUGCAACUCAGUAAGGACUCCGAGCUGCGCAGACAGGACAGGAAGAGGCAGCUUGUGCCCUAUGAACCUGCUUGUUGAUGUUCUGUUCUGCCCCUUUCACUGAGUGAUCUAUUAAUCACGCCUUCCUGUCUACCUCUCCUGCCCUUUCUGC